AUGGUCAUACCUGCAUAGUUUUUUGACUCACAAAUUGGGGGGGGGGUGAUACUUACAUAGUUUUUUGACUCAUAAAUCCGGAUGUGGAACCUACAUCCUGAAUAUAGUAGGGGUUUUCCCAAGCCCCUAGGACCGGAAUUUGAAUAUCAGUCUUUGGAAUGUACAAUCAUCAAAAGAAAUACUCAAUCAGAUAGUAGCUAUAAAGAAUUUCUCUCCUAGUUUAAGAUACUUCUUCAGAAUAGCUCCUUAUUGCCAAAUGGUAUUUAUUAUUAAUUAUUAUUUAGUUAAUCCUGAUCGUAAAAUACAUGGAAUAUGUUAGAAUCCUUUAUUAGAAGCAUCAGGAACACUUAUCCUAUAAGGACAAUUAAUUAAUCAUUGA